UCCCUCAAUUGCCAAUCGCGCGUCUGGGCCCGAUUUUCUUCGAAUGAUGCGAUUGCCGACACUCCAGUGCAGCAAACCACCGUUGCGACUCCCACUCCAGUCGAGGUGCCCUCGCUACGGAGAGUGGAUCAGGGUUCGAUUGCUGCGCAGAAGGUCUGGGCAAAUCGCCUCAAACAAAAAUCCCAUUUCCAUCGGCUUGGAUCCAAGGUGAUCAAUCAGUACGAGCCGGAGGAUCUCAUCCGGAAGCCUCCUCGCGCUCACGAGAUCACCAUCGAAACGCUCCUCGCCAACCAGACCCACCUCGGACACUCCGUCUCGCGCUGGAACCCGCAAAACUCCAGUUACAUCUUCGGUAUCCGCGAUGGCAUCCACAUCAUCUCCCUCGAACUGACCGCCGCGUACCUGCGACGUGCGGCCAAGGUCGUCGAGGAGGUCGCGGCCCGCGGCGGCGUGAUCCUGUUCGCCGGCACCCGGAAGGGCCAGAAGCGGUUUGUGGUGCGGGCGGCCGAGCUCGCUCAGGGAUACCACAUCUUCGAGCGGUGGAUUGCCGGCAGCUUGACUAACGGCAAGGUCAUCCUGGGCCACUGCGAGACCAAGGUCGUGAACAUCCUCGACGAAGAGCUGCCCGCCUACAAGGAUAUCGCCGCCAGCCGGCCCUCGAUCAAGCCCGAUCUCGUCGUCUGCUUGAAUCCCCUCGAGAACACGGUCCUCCUGCACGAGUGUGCCCUCAACAACAUCCCGACCAUCGGUGUCAUCGACACCGAUGCCAACCCCACCCGCGUCACCUACCCCAUCCCCGCCAAUGAUGACAGUCUGCGCUCCAUCGGUCUGAUUGCCGGUGUCCUGGGACGCGCUGGCGAGGCCGGUCAGAAGCGGCGAUUCGAAUUGGCCAAGGAAGGCAAAACCCUCUAUGACCGCAUCACUGAUAGAGAUCUUGGGGUGCAACAGAUGAGGACGGAGGAGGAGGAGCAGCAGCAGAAGAAGAAGCAGCGGUCGAAGCGGGAGUAG